CAGCGGUUGGAUAUGAGCUAUACGUACGGGGCGCCGUUCCGUACGAUAUGUCGACACCGAAGAUGUCUUGUUGAUCCACAUCGAGCCAGCCAUGAAGUUUCGGAAUCCGUUCAUUACGCGGUUCGAUAUCUCUCUAGUGGGAACCAAUCAUGGCACGUUAUGGGAUUUGGGGGGCUUCAUUUUCUUUAUUUCAUCGUACUCGCUUUAACCGUCUGAAACCGCAACUUGGUGGAUGACAGUUCUUCCACUUUUUUUUUCUUCUUUACUAGAGUCCAGAUCUGUUUUUAUCGAUUAUUAUUAUGACAAGUACGAAUAUGAAACGCUCCUACUCUCAUCUCAUGGAAUACACAGAGCCCUAUAAACUAGCAGUUACGUCCGUAUCUCUGGGCCGAGCCCGCUUUCACAGCAUACGAGAAAAGCUGUUGCAAGCCUCUCGUCAUGGCAUUCAGGGAAUUGAGCUCUUCUAUGAAGACUUGGAGCAUCUCGCAAGUUCCUUUCCAGGCGGUGCCGUCAGCACGAAUAUCCUCCUUGCCGCGCAUCAUAUUCGAAAACUAUGCGACUCACUAGACCUUACCGUUAUAAAUCUCCAGCCAUUUAUGUUCUACGAGGGGCUUCUCGAUCGUUCCGAACAUGACCGGAUCAUUAAUGAGAAGCUGCCCUUAUGGUUUGGGAUUCUGCGUAUUCUCGGUUCAGAUACAAUCUUGAUCCCGUCGAAUUUUUUGCCGCCAGACCCUACUACAGGACAAGCUCGAAUCACGGGGAAUAUCGACGUGAUUGUCUCAGACUUGACAGAGAUUGCAGACUUAGGGGCACGACAAUCGCCUCCAGUGAAAUUUGCAUACGAAGCGCUUGCCUGGGGGACGUUUGUCGAUACAUGGGAGGCAGCAUGGGACAUUGUCUGCCGAGUCAACAGACCGAAUUUCGGAAUCGGUCUGGAUACAUUUAAUAUUGCAGGUCGUAUAUACGGUGAUCCGACAUCAUUGACGCGGAAAACACGAACGGCAGAAUUGGACUUUCAUCUAUCGAUGCUUAGAAUGUCACGGAUCUUGGACCCUGGCAAGAUCUUUGCCUUCCAACUCGCCGAUGCCGAGUAUCUGGCUCGUCCUCUGAGCACAAAGCACCCGUUUCACGUGGAAGGACAACCAAGUCGCAUGAGCUGGUCGCGAAAUGCUAGGUUAUUUCCUUUCGAGCGGGGAUUAGGAGCUUAUCUUCCGGUUCUCGAGGUGGUAAAAACCGUUCUGAAUCUUGGUUACACCGGCUGGAUAUCGAUGGAAGUAUUCUCCACCUCUCUUGCUAGUCCUGAAGCAUUCGUUCCUCUUAUCCAGGCCAGGAGAGCUCUCGACUCUUGGGAAAUAUUGAUUGAAGAAAUCGAAGGGCCUGCGGCGACGGAGUCGUUAGAAGAUCGACGAUGCGCUCCGAGAAUCUCAGGCAGUAGUCCUAGAGCUCUGAUGUAAAUUAGAUAUGUGGCUUUGGGAAAAGUCCGAUGAUGGGAUUUAUGACUAUUCAUGUUUCAGAUAGACAUCGCGCGCGCGUUAUGGAUUUGGAUUAAAUGCUAGAUUUUCUGCCUGCACCACUUUCGCUCCAACAAACAUAACAACAGGACAAGGAGAUUUAUGGCCACAUCAGUAUAUACUUUCAGAGCUUGUGAAUCAGUGUGUAACGACAGAGUUAAUAAAAUACAUCUUAACUCACAGCAUAUAGUAAUGAGCCCUUUUCAUUCCUUAGUGGGAGGUGGAUAAACAACCAACUACUAUGCAUUAAAUCGACAAGAGAGCAGCCAUCUAUCCUCAGAAGAGCACACAAAAAUGGGAAAUAACCACCAGACUUGUAGACUUUCAGAAAAACUAGCACGAAAAUUCUCUUUCGUUUUAAGAAGACCAGGGAGUUCGAGUUCAUUAUUUC